AUGCUUUAUUUAGCAUUGUGCGUUGCCGGAUUGGUAUCACACGUCACGCCUGAGAGCUGUUUUUACCAGCGCUGCUUAGGCUGCCACCCGCAAGAGGUUAUAUGGCUCGGCUCCACCGUAGAAUGUCAUCCGUCUAAUUGGGUAUCAGCGGAAUGGGUUCACAAUUUGGGCCAUCCACCGCCGUCCACAGACUCGAAGAUACCCAUCGAAUAUCGUUGCCUGAAGAUGGUUGCAACACCAGAUAACAAAUCAUUUGGGAACACGGUGGACGUCAUCAGGGGGUGCGUGCCGCGCGCCCAAGUGGACUCGGUGUGCCUCGGCCUGGAGGCAGUGGAACGGGCCAGGGGCCACAGCGACGCCCGCUGCUUCAUCUGCAACAGGAACGACUGCAACUCAGCCGUGAAGACUGGAUCGAUGCUCGCGGCGACCUUGUCAGUUCCGAUACUGUUACACGUGCUUAGG